AUGCGCUCAGCCAACUCCUUCCGCCUGAUUUCUAGUCUGGUGUUUUUAGCCAGUGUAGAAGCCCACAGAACUAAGAUCGAUGCUUUGAUUACAGCUCUAACACCCCAAGAGAAGAUAUCUCUUGUUCAUGGUGCGAACUAUGCUGGAAGCGAGAAUUAUGCUGGAUAUGUCCCAGGAAUACAGAGGCUGGGGAUCCCAGCACUUCAGCUGGCUGAUGGAGAGGCGGGAAUCAAUGGAGUUCAAGAUGCCACUGCAAUUCCUAGCCAAAUAAACGUUGCUGCUACCUGGUCUAGGUCAAUGGCGAAGGCCGCCGGCCAUGUCACUGGGUUAGAAGCGAGGCUUUUGAAAGCAGGAGUGGCCUUGGCUCCACGCGUCAAUCUCCUCCGAGAUCCUUUUACAGGCAGUUCUUGGCAGAGCUAUUCGGAAGAUGCCUACUUGAAUGCGCAACUAGGCGCGCAGGGUGUCCAAGGCAUUCAGGCAGAAGGAAUAAUGGCCAAUACCAAGCAGAUCGGCCCCUCUAGCAGUGGUGCAAGUUCUGGAGACACAAAUUCCCAAGUGGAUCUCCAGGUACUUCAUGAGAUUUACUGGCAGCCCCAUGAGGUCUUGGUCUAUGCUGGAGUUGCUACUAUGAUGUGCUCAUACUCCCAGGUCAAUGGCAUACCCGCCUGUCAGUAUGAAGAGCUACUUAACCGUACUGUGCGCGGGGAUUUCAAUUUCACGGGAAUCGUCAUGAGUGACUGGGGCGCAACGCACUCGACAGCCCCAAGUAUCAAGGCAAGCCUGGACUGGGAAAUGGGUUCGAGAACCUACUAUACCACACCUCUAUACAACGAUAUUUAUGUCCAUGGGAAUCUUUCUGAGGGGUACUUGGAUCGUGCGCUGUAUCACAUUCUCUCCACAUAUGAUCGGUUUGGGCUUAUUGGGCAGAACCUGACAGCACUGGAUUUGAUUCCCAAUCCACUACCGGCAAAGGUGGUUGAACACUCAGCAGCAGUCGCUUAUGACAUUGCUUGUCGAUCUGGCAUUCUGCUGAAGAAUAAGGGCGACCUACUACCCCUCUCCAAGAGUCUUUCUAAGUUCGCAGUCAUCGGGCCGGCCGCUUUUCAGUAUAAUCAUGGAGCAGGAUUUGCCGAGAGGGCAUAUGGGAUACCCUCACGGCUAAAGAGUGCCUUGAAUGCUAUUCAAGAGCUUACUGGUAACGACCAUAUCCAAACAGCAAUUGGGGUUGACGUCCACGGGACUCUCAUCCCUGCAAGUUCUUUGCAACAGGAAGAUGGAACCCCUGGAAUGCUUCGAACAAACUCGGAGGGAGAAACAUCCCUUGAUCCAGAUAUCAAUUUUUCUGGAAGUUCAGCGUUGCCAGGGAAUAGCUCCUAUUCCUGGGCUGGCUUCCUGAAGGCAAAUGAAGACGGAUAUUAUCGUUUGUCUUUGCAACGUCGGUUUUCCCGCGCCGGCGGCAGACUCAAUGAUUCAGACUACUUGAGUGUAUGGGCUGUCGAGGUCCUCACUGUCAACGGAACCGUGUUUGACGGGUUUCGACUCCUUGGAGAUGGAGGAGCUCGCCCUUGGAGUUCUCCUCUUGCCUCCAAAGACGGGUGGGAUGAAGUCGGCACAGAUGUUUAUCUAAGCGCUGGCCUCCACAAUAUCACUGUGAGCGUUACGAACGUCUUCGAUGACCCUGUAGAAGUCCGUCUAAAUUGGGUGACUCCAUCCCAACGAGAACAAAAUUUUCAAGCGGCUGAGAAGAUUGCGUCGGAUGUGGAAGUCCCCAUAGUCUUCGCACACACCAAUAGCCCCUCCGACGUGGGAAUGGAACUGAUACACGGUUUUAAUGAACUCAUUUCACGAGUUGCCACGGUGAAUCCCAGGACAGUAGUUGUGCUCAAUAACGCUGAUCCGGUUCUCAUGCCAUGGCUUGAGCAAGUUUCGUCAGUCCUCUGGAUGGGAUACCCCGGGCAGGAAGGGGGUCGUGCCACCGCGUCGCUCCUUUUCGGGGACUGCAAUCCUCAGGGAAAACUCACAAUCACAUAUCCGCAGUCAGUCAAUGACACAGUUACUAGAAACCCAAAGUAUCCAGAAAGGAUGGCGACAGAAAGUGGCACAGCCAUCUUCUCCGAAGGCAUCAACUCUGCUUAUAGGUGGUAUUUAAGCACGCAAACUAACGUCCUCUUUCCUUUUGGCUAUGGCUUAUCAUAUACCACGUUCAAAUAUAAGAAUCUUGCCAUCGAGAAAGCACCUAGUGGUGGAUUCAAAAUAUCGAUCGAAAUCAAGAACACUGGCUCCCGUAAUGGAGUUGAUAUUCCCCAGCUUUACCUUGGCCCCCCAGAGAAUUCAAGCUCCAAAUACCCAGGAGUUCAAUUUGCGGUCUCAACUUUGGUUGGCUUUGAAGAUGUUGAAGUUCUCGCAGGGGCCACGAAAACUGUCAGCUUUUUCAUAACAGAGCGACAGCUCAGUUUCUGGAGACCUACGGAUCGAUCUUGGGUCCUAGGGCGUGGAACUCGAUCUAUAUGGGUUGGAACUAAUGCUGUACGCAAGGAUCUAGUAGGCAAGCUUGAUGUUUGA